CCUAACCUUAUUCCGAUUCUCUACGACAAUGGCGUGGUCAUUGACGGGCAGACUGGUACACUACCUUGUACUCGGCGUCUGUUGUACAUUGUUACAUGCGGUACCGAAGCUUGCGUCUUACAAUGUGGACACGGCCAAGGUGUCCGUGUCCGGCAUCUCUUCUGGCGCGUGCAUGGCCACCCAGUACCACGUGGUCCACUCCAGGGAGGUCAUGGGCGCCGGCAUCAUAGCUGGAGCGCCCUUCAUGUGUUCCGGGGGACUAGUGGCCACGGCGGUGGGGACGUGCAUGACGUCCCCGUCCCUGAUCAGCGUCACCGCCCUCGAGUCCAUCACGUCAUCAGGGGCGUGGUUUGGUACCGUCGACGCCACAUACCACAUGAGGAACGACCGGGUGUUCAUCUUUGACGGCACCAAAGACUCUGUAGUUAACCCAGUUGCUGGACAGAAGGUGGCUCAGUACUACGGCCAUUAUAUGUCCAGCUCCCACAUCAAGACGGUCUUCAACAUCAACGCCGAACACGGCAUGCCGACCUUGAACUACGGUGGAGCAUGUGAUCAGCUCAAUUCGAAAACCUACCUCAACAACUGCAACUACUCCGCAGCCUUUCAACUCCUCAACCACAUCUACGGCGGACUGCAGGAACCAAACUCAAAGACACAGGCAAAUGGACAGUUUUUACAGUUCAACCAAAAUGAUUUCUUCCAUUUGGCGCUCCCCUCCGCCUACAGCAUGGAUAGCGUUGGCUAUAUCUAUGUCCCGACAGGGUGUGCCAACAAGCAACACAAAUGCAGACUGCAUGUGGCGUUCCAUGGAUGUAAGAUGGGAAGGAUGUUUGUGGGGGAGGCGUAUGUCCGCGACGCCGGCUACAACGAAGUCGGUGACUUGAACAACAUCAUCAUCCUCUACCCUCAAGUAAUAUCGACGGCGACGAACUCUCAGGGCUGUUGGGACUGGUUCGGAUACACCGGGUCUCUGUUUGCGACCAACAAAGGCUUCCAAAUGACAGCUGUACGUCGUAUGGUGUCACGUGUCAUCGGAUCCUCAUCUUCCAUAGUGGGUUAACAUGGACAUAAUGGGCGUGACGGCUCCACCUGGCAAACUUGAAAAACAAAUACAAAAUCUAGACUUUGUAAUGUUUAUUCCAAAGGUUCCUUUCCUUGUCCAAUGUAAAUACAGGUAUGAUGGGUGAUGCUAUA